AUUGUGGUGGACAUUUUCAAACUGUCAGAUUUCAUUUGAAAAAUUGUGCGUGCGUUUGUAAACAUUUCCAAAGCAAAUCAUGGAAAAUCCCGGAAAUUCAGGGCAAAGUGAAGUAAAAAGGACAAAAGUGAGACCCAGUCGACGAAAGAGUCUUUUCUCGGCUCUGAAUGAAGUUGCCAAAGGAACUUGGAGCAAUGAUGAGGAUUACGAGAAGCUGCUGAAGGCAGAGAUGUCAGAGUGGAAUAAAUUGGCUUGUGAGAUUGCCCAGAACAAAUCCAGUUUACUUCCACGGCCGUCAAUCAGCAACCUGAGCCUGAGUGACAGUGUAUCGGAGAAAUUGCAGGGUUUUACUCUGGAUCCGGAAGCUUUUCUGGCAGAACAGAAAUUGUAUAUUGACAAAGCCAGGGAAUUCCUGCAGGAGCAUCGGAAGGCCAAGGAGGAAAUGUGGAUGAUCAAUGAGGUUACAGCCUGUGCGCUGGAUGACGUGACCAUUCGGAUUAUGGAGGAAGAAAAGUACAGGAGCAAUUGACGGGGAGAGACAGAGAGACUCUUAUUCAUAGGUUAUUAUGUACAAAAAAGUAAAAUGCUUUUAAGUGGUCAGUCGCUUAUGAGGGAUCCUUGGACCAGUGUGGCCAUUUCUUGAUGAUGGCAUAGAGGGCAGCUCCUGGACUCUCGGUGGGGAUGAGCUGACGAUGGCCAAAUAGCCGAUAGUCCUUGCUGAGUUUCCCCAAAUCCACGCCCCACUGGAUUACCUUCUGGGCGGCCAGAAGUUGUCGUUCCGGGGGCGUAUUCUUCGUGAAGGUGCCAAUGAAGGCGAUGCAGAUGCUGUCCACGUUGAAGCCCUUCGUAUGAGCUCCCACUUUAUCCCAUCCGCGUCCCUCGUAAGCUGAUCCAUCGCCACCAACCAGGAAGUUGUAGCCAAUGUCAUCCCAGCCGCGAGAUUCCAUGUGGAAGGUCUGGAUGAAGCGAACUCGAUAGACGCAGCUGGCCUGAAAUUGCAACACAAUCCAAGAUUUUACCCAAGUAUCAGGACAAAAGAAUUUAUGGUUUUGUAAUUGUAUUUCUUUAAUUAAAUUUUAAGACAAUGCUCUUUAUUUUUUAGAUAAUAAAAAUGAAAAAAUUUAUUAAAAAGAAAUGGUUCUGAGAUUUGCUUUUGAAAAUUUUGACUCCUUUGGUUUGUGUCUUAGAAAGAAUGUUAAAAAGAAAUCAAUUGUUACUGCUUCAGGAGCGACAGGGGAUCAUGGGACAGGGCUUAAAACUUAAUAAAAG